CUUCCUGCUUGAGAGUAGCAGUGUCUGUACAAACCGAACCGAUUUUUAAUCUCGUUUAACGUCAACUUCAGAGAUGGGAUGCGAUGGUGGAACCAUUCCCAAAAGACACGAGUUGGUUAAAGGUCCCAAAAAAGUCGAGAAGGUUGACAAGAAUGCUGAACUUGCUGCCAAGUGGAAGUACUGUGCCUUGAGUCAGGAGAAACUCAAACGACCCAUCGUUGCUUGUGAUCUUGGCAGGCUUUAUAACAAAGAUGCUAUUAUUGAAUACCUUCUGGAUAAGACUGCUGAGAGACCCAAUACUGAGGCUGUCGUUCACAUCCGUGGGAUCAGGGAUAUAAAGGAGCUUAACUUGACUGAUAACCCUGCAUGGGAGGGAGAGCGAAGAUCUGCAAAAGGAGACAGAUAUGAGGACGUCCACUGUGGCAUGUUCAUUUGUCCAGUUGUUGGUUUAGAGAUGAAUGGCAAACAUAGGUUCUGCUUCUUGCAGACUUGUGGCUGUGUGUUUUCAGACAGGGCCCUGAAAGAAGUCAAGACAGAAAUCUGCCACAAGUGUGGGGACCCUUUUAAAUAUGAGGACGUUGUUGUGCUUAAUGGCACAAAGGAGGACGUGGAGAAGCUGAGAGAGAAGAUGGUGGAGAAGCGGUCCAAGACAAAAACUAAGAAAAAGAAGUCCAAAGCAUCUGAAACUCUGGCAGAGACAAAAGAAGAAGCACCGUCUCCACCAGCGGAUGAAGCCGGGGGGGAAUCGCAACAAAAUGAAGCUGAAAACAACCAGUCAGCUGUGGCUGGACCGUCCAGCUCCUCCAGCUCCUCCAUCAGCACCAAGUCUUCAGCAGCUUCUGCCACCAAGAGAUCCAUCCAGAAAAUGGAGGAAAAGUCGGAGGCCUUUAAGUCUCUGUUCACCACACACAGCUCUGCCAAGCGCUCCAAAGACCAGACGUCCAACUGGGUCACCCACACGCCGUAUCACUUCUAGCAGCUGGCGCUCGCUGCAGAGACCGCCAUGCUCAGAUGGCUUCAGAAAUCGUGAACAGCACACGCUCGCACACACGCAAACACAUUUUCUGCUCUUGACCUUUAAUAAUGUCAACAUCGUGUGGGCUCAUUGUGAACUCAUCUCUUCACUCCCCACUGACUAAGUGUUGUAAACAUUUAGUUAACAGCUCCCUGAGCAGGUCAGAGUCUCUGCUUUAUAGCCUAAUGCCUCUCCGGUGGAUUCUCCACCAUCAUCCCAGGUGAUUUUUGAGAAGUGAAGCUAGGGGGGCUGUCGUUUCUGUCACUCUGCUGUCUCCUGGUGGCCACAGCGCAGCUCUUUAAUAUCAUCUCUACAUGGAAACUGUCGCAAUGGUGAUGUACAGUAGUUACAGAGCUGAUUCCCUUCUGCAAAAGUCAAACCUAGAAGAAACUGUGGAUCUGGAAAGUAGGCGUCGCUGGGUUUUAUCAGUCUUCAGUAACUCUUUAUGAGGGAUCACAAUAUAAAUAGCAGAUUUUCUUUUCCUUUUGUUUGUUGUAUGUAUUUAGAAGUGGACUUUCAGUUAUUUUAAAGUACAGGCACAGAUUUCAGUUUAAAGUGUCUAUAGUUCUGAUGGUCAUGAACUGUAUUUGCAGACGAACACAAACUUGUUUUUAUUCAGUCUUUAGACCACAAGUUUAAAUGGUUUGUUUUUUGUUCAAACAAUGGUCCUUCCUUUCUCUGUUUCUCUUGGCUUUUGUUGAAGACCUUUUGAUGUAAAAAUAAAGGGGUCAGUUCCACACUGAACACGUCUUUCUGUUGUAGUUAGUGUUUUAAAGGCAGUUGAAUCAUACUUGCUUUCUGUAUUUUCUUAAUUGUAUGAAACAAGAAAAUGUCACACAACUUUUUUCAGUCAUACUUAGGCUCUUCCAUCUGAAUGAUGCAGAUUAAACUUUUCCAUCGAGUAUUUUGAUUUAUUUAAUUAUUUUGUACCUCG